UUUGCCUUGCCAGCCCGCUGUUGCCAUGGGUAUACCAGUCUUCAUACUCGCUGGUCUCCUCGUGCAUUGCGUGUUUUUGGUCUCCAUUUUUGACAUCUACUUCAGCUCUCCCCUGGUUCAUGGUAUGACUCCUCAUUGGACUCCGCUGCCACCUCCAGCAAAACGUCUUGUGCUCUUUGUUGCUGAUGGUCUGCGGGCAGAUUCACUGUAUGAAUUGGACAGCAACAAUACAUCUCGAGCACCUUUCCUGCGGGGAAUUCUAGAGAAUAAUGGCAGCUGGGGAAUCUCUCACACCCGGGUCCCAACAGAGUCCAGGCCAGGGCAUGUUGCGCUUAUAGCUGGGUUUUAUGAAGAUGUCAGUGCAGUUGCUAAAGGGUGGAAGGAGAAUCCAGUGGAAUUUGACUCUGUUUUCAAUGAAAGUAAACAUACUUGGAGCUGGGGAAGCCCGGAUAUUUUGCCAAUGUUUGCAAAAGGUGCUACAGGAGAUCACGUUUAUACAUUUUGUUACACGGCGGAAAGUGAAGACUUUGGAGCAGAAGAUGCAGCCAAGCUUGACACAUGGGUUUUUGAUCAUGUUAAGAGCUUCUUUAAUUCUUCCAGAAGUAAUCAAACGUUGUUCUCUGCACUGAAUGAGGAGAAAGUGGUUCUGUUCCUGCAUUUGCUAGGCAUAGACACAAAUGGACACGCUCAUCGGCCAAACUCAAGGGAAUACAAGGAGAAUAUUAAAAUAGUUGACAAGGGUGUAGAAGAAAUUACUUCAAUGAUUGACAAUUUCUAUGGAAAUGAUGGGAAAACUGCAUUUAUUUUAACUUCUGACCAUGGAAUGACAGAUUGGGGAUCCCAUGGAGCUGGUCAUCCCUCAGAAACUUUAACGCCACUGAUUGUUUGGGGUGCUGGGGUGAAUUAUCCCCAGAAAGUCACAUCCCAGUUCUUUGAAGACAAUUUUUUGAAAGAAUGGAAACUGGAGAACUUGAAGAGACUGGAUGUCAAUCAGGCUGAUAUAGCACCGCUGAUGGCUUCCCUUAUCGGUGUGCCAUUCCCCCUGAAUUCUGUGGGAACUCUGCCUCUGGAAUAUCUGAACAAUAGCGCUCAUUUCAAGGCAGAGAGCAUGUUUACCAACGCUGUUCAGAUUCUUGAGCAAUUUAAGGUUAAGAUGAGUCAGAAAAAGGAAACUACACUGUCGUUUCUGUUCACACCAUUCAAACCACUUUCUGAUUCUGAACAGAUCAACCUUUUAAAGAAAGCAAGACUAUAUAUUCAGCAACAGAAAUACAAUGAAGCGGUAUCUCUGUGCAAAACCCUGAUUAACCUUGCUUUGGAAGGCUUGUCUUAUUACCAUACCUAUGACAGAUUAUUCCUGGGUUUCAGUAUUGCAGUGGGGUUUGUGGGCUGGACAACUUACGUGAUUUUGGUGAUUAUCAAGACCCAUACAAGUCUGACCAAGGCUGUCCAGGCUAAUAAUGAGGAAUCCACUAUUCUCUUCUACGGUUUUGCCUUUGUUGGAAUGAUAAUAGCUUUUUUCCUGUUGAUUCAAACAUGUCCUUGGACAUACUAUGUGUACUGUCUCCUGCCAGUACCAGUCUGGUAUGCGGUUGCAAGAGAAAUUCCUGUUAUUCAAGACCUUGCUGCAAAUCUCUUGUCACUUCAUGUCACUCAGUCUAUAGGAUUCCUCUUGGUUUCUAUGCUGGGAAUUGAAAUACUAGUUUUCAGCUUUUUCUACCGCUCUGCACUUACUAUUGGUCUCCUUGUCUUUGCUGGCUGGCCAGUGAUCACACACCUCUGGGUUCAAGCAAAGACAACAGCAUUGAUCUGGACUCUUCUGUGUGUGCUCCUGGCAAUAUUUCCCUUAAUGCCUGUUGUAGGAAGAGAAGCGAACAUUCCUCUGGUGUAA